UGAACCCGUACCAUGAGCGAGGACAAGGCAGGCGAUGUAGAAGUCGUCAAACAACGCAGUGGUGGGUGCCAGAACGACAGUAUCGCGGCUGACAACGUCGCAGUGAAUAACGGGACAGACGCCAACGACGAUAACACUUGUGGGGAAGUGGUUCGCAACAUGGGGAAGGGAACAGACGGCGACGACGUGGUCACGGAAUCGAAACAAGACGUGGUGCAGGACAGCAGCGAGACUGUCAACAACAACAGUAAAAACGAGGAGGUGAAAAACGGGAACAUGUCUGGCGAAGUCAAAAACAAAGGAGAAACAGGGAAUAACGUUAACCCUUUAGAGCCGGGGUCCAACAAGGAACUUGCCAAAGAAACUAAACCAAAAGUUACGGUAAAUGCGGCUACAGGUAAAAGUUUAAAUGCAAAUCCAUUACCACAAACUCUGUCCAAGUUAAAGAAGAUGAAAAAAGGAAUUUUUGUGUCAUAUUCACCAGAUGCAGGGUUUCUUGAAAGGAAGUUUGUAGUUGAAACAACAAGACAAUUGAAAGAAAAUAACUUAGCGGAAGAUAUUUGGUUUGACAAGGAUGAAAAAAAUACUGACAGUCCAUGUUGGUUUUCUUUUCGUAUGGAGGCCGUUGAAAGAUGCCGAGCAGCAAUUUUAUUUUUGUCGGAAAGUUAUUUUAGUUGUCCGGUUUCUGUAUACGAAGGAAAAGCUCUGAUUGAGAGACAAAAGACUGAUCCCAAUUCUGUGAAACUUUUUCCUAUUCAUUUCAGCACCAUUGACAUGACCGAUAUUCCCAAACAGUUUAACACGUUAAUAAAACAAUCUGUAAACUUAACAGGUCCCAGUCAGAUUAAACUUAGUUUGGCAGAAAAGACUUCCAUAGUUAUUGGAGAAAUCAUGGAAGACCUUGAGAAAUUUGCCACAAUGAAUGCUCCCCCAACAAUGGCAAAUGCUCCAGACAUGGAAUUCACUGGAGAGUAUAAGAACAAAAAGAUCUGUCAGUGGAAUGUCAAUGACUUGCAGGAAUGGCUCUUUAAGCUGGGAAUUAAAGAAUUCUAUCGCCAAAGCCUGGCUGAAAAUAUGGUUGAUGGUUUUCUGCUGAUGUCACUAACAGACAAUGAUAUGGUUAAUUAUCUGGGAAUCGACAGUCGUGCGGUUCGUAAGAAAAUCAUGCAGCAGAUUCUGCACACACUGGACAAGGAGCACAAACAGUCGGACAACUGGCACCUCCGAGCUCGCGGCCACAGGGCAAAGCCGGACAUUGUGUACUUGAUCUACGACCCUGCCGAUGUCCGGCUCUCUCAGAAUCUCAAAGCUGAUCUCAAGAAGAAAGGUCUUCAAGUUAUCCACCACGAUGCUCAGAAACUGGGUCGGUCGAAGGAAGAGUUUCUGCAGAUCAAUGGUCCACAGGUUGCGUCUGCCACCCACGUGAUCGUCAUCUUCACAGAGGCAGCAGCGGUAUCACCCUUCGUCUUCCACGAGGUCCUCUUCGCCGAUUGGCUGGGCAAGAAACUAGUGACAGCCAUGUUUAAAAAUAUUUGGACUAGUCUCAGAGUGUCACUGAAAGCUGUUUUAGGAGAUUGUCCAGCCAUAGAUUUUGAGACAAAGAUGUACACCGAAAGUCUUGAUGUCCUGGAACACCACAUCAAACCGCUCCGCCGUGUUCCAGGUGUCGUUCUGGAGCAGGCCUACUUAAACAAGAUGGCUGACGGCCUGAAACCACUGGAACUGCUGGCUACCACUCGAAGCGGACUGGAGACGUCGGAAGAAGACCCACAAGUAUUCAUCAGCUAUCAGUGGGACAUGCAGUCCAAAGUGGAGGAAAUCCGACUAGUCCUAGAAGCCACCGGCUUGGUAUGCUGGGCCGAUAUUUCCAUGAGUCAAGCUCCCCGCGGUCACAGCUCCCGAUCUACCCGUUCCAGCGGAACGUUCAGCAAUCUCGACAACGGUUCCGAAACUCUUCAAGGCCAGAUACAGCGACACAUGAAGUUAUCGGCGGUCGUCUUGUGCUGCAUCACUCCCAAGUACCUCCAAAGUGACAACUGUGUCAAGGACCUGACACUGGCAGAUGCUCUGAACAAACCUAUCAUCCCUCUGCUGCUGAGAUUCGUGCCAAUUGAGAGUGCCCCAAGUCAGGUCCGGCGAAUCCUCACGCGACAGAGCUACGUGGAUCUCAGCAACGAGAGGCUCUAUAAGCAGAACAUGCAUAUUUUGCUUGAAAAAGUCAAGCGGAUUGUGACUCCCAGAUUCAGCAUUGACUAGGGACAAGUGAUGCUCGAGAAACAGUAUAUUCAUAAUCAGAUGGAGUUGAGGACUAAGAAAAAGUAUUUUUGGAUACAUGCAUUUAAUCAUGUAUAUACAAAAAAUUAAUAUUCUAAAAGCAAGUAUAGUGAAAAAUGCAUAUUCAGUGUGUGCAUAUGGAGCAGUGCCUUGGGGAAAUGUGUAGCCAUAAAAAACCAUUUAAUCCUUUGCUUGUGGAACUGCGACUCAUGGAAAGUUUAGAUGAAAGAAACAUUUAACCAUGUGUAAAGGGAGGAAUGAUUUACAGAAAGUCUAGAUAGAUAAAGAAUCUAACCAUGUACUAAUUAAUUUCUAAGCCUUGCUUUUUUUCUGGCAUGUGUAGUCCAGUAAAUGAGAUAUAAUUAAGUAUGUAUGGUGUAUAUAUCUGGUGUAUAUAAAUUAAACAUUUAUAUAUGGUGUAUAUAAAUUAAACAUUUAUAUCUGGUGUAUAUAAAUUAAACAUUUACUUGUCAAAGCUCAUUCUGUGAUCUGUCAGUAUAAUGUGUAUUCUCUGUGCCACUGCCUUCUUGUUUGUCUCUUAUUUUAUUCAAACAUGUCUCAUGUGAAGAUUUUAUGUAUUAUUAAUUUUUAUGUUAUAAUACAUAUGAAUGUACAUUAUGUACCUCAUGUUAAUAAUACAUAUUUUUACCCUUUUAUUAAAUUCCCCGACUCAUAAAGGUCAAUUUUCGUAGGUCACUUGGGUAACCUUUUUAAAUAUAAGUUUGGAUGUGCAUCAGUUUUUAUAGAGAUUUGGGUAUGAUAAAAUCAUAUCUUGUGCUCCCAAGUUUUUCUGUCAUUCUGAAUAUAUUAAAUAUAAUAUCAAGACAAAAUAAAAUUAUAUAAUGAUAGGAUAUCACAAAAUGAUAUAUUAUCAUUCCAAAAUGAAAUAAACCUAAUAUAAAUUAAAAUAAAUAAAACCAUCCUAAUAAAACAUUAUUAUGAAUAGAAAACUGACAAUCACGACAAACUGAUAUUGCCAUGACAAAGUAUACUAUUAUGACAAAAUCGUAUAAUCAUAUCAAAAUAUGACAUGACCAAAUAAUAUUAUGACAACAUGUGAUAAAAUCCUGAAAAACAUGAUAUGUUCACAAACUGUUACCUCAUCUUGACAUAAGACAAUAACGAGACAAAGUGAAAUAUUAUUAUAAUGUAGCACCACCAUGAUAAAAUAUAUUAUAGUAACAAAGUAUCAUAUCAUCCAACCAGAAUAUGUGAUGUCAUUCUGAUGAAAUGAAAACAAGAUAAAAUGUGAUAUCAGCCUUAUAAAAUGUGAUAUUGUGCUAACAAAAUGAGAUCUGAAUGAAACGUGAUAUCAGCCUUAUAAAAUGUGAUAUUGUGCUAACAAAAUGAGAUCUGAAACGUGAUAUCAGCCUUAUAAAAUGUGAUGUGAUGAAAUAUGAAAUUGGAGUUUUUCUUGGCAAAAAUUAAUUAAUAUACCAGUAAAAUACCAGUAAUAUUGCAAGAUCGAAAACUUGUUAUUACUAAUAGGCUACCCACUCAUUGAUUAGUGUGUUCUUCAAUUUAUAAAUACUUUUCAGUGUAUUUCCUAAAUAUGGAUUUUGAUCAGCAUAGAUUAGUACAGUAGUUUAUUAAACCAUGAUGAAAGAGAUAUCCAGUGAAACCUCUCAAAACUGGACCCUCAAUUAACCACAAUUUUGUCAACACCAGAUGUUUUUCACAGUCCCCUUUCAAAUAUCAGUGCAAAAGAGAACCUCUCUAAACCAGAUACUCCAUUUUACUUGGUGUCCAGUUUAGGGUGUUUCACUGUACAAUAAUGUUAAGUACACCUUCAGGGAGAGGUUAUGACUUCAAAUCAGCUGAUUAAUGGUGUCAAUCUGUAUGACUCUUGUUACUAUGUUAGGGUUUUAUUAAAAAAGUGUGCACAUAGUCCUUUCAAUUCAUAAACUGAAAAAAAACACUUUUAUUUGUGGAUUCAUUGAGAAAUAUGUGGCUUCAUUGAUAAAUACUGAAAUCGUGUGACCACAACAUGAUGUCAUUUUGCUAAAUGACAGCAUUUCAGUAAGAGAUGUAAUCUUCCCUGGUCUAAUCUCUGCAUUCCCAUGCCACUUUCAGUUAUGUUGGAAGUAAUCAUCAGAUUUGUGUUCAAUGUGCUUUGUAAUGAAUAGAAUACUAUACUCGUUCCUGUAAAGGACCAUUUAUAUUACAACUUGGGUAUCCAUCACUCUUUUUUAAUUGAAAACAUAUUUGUAAUAUAACUGGUCUCUCAAGGGAACUUAUUUAGUAUUUUCUAUAUCGUAUGUAGAAUAAUUAAAAUUGUAUGAAACACACAUUCAGUAACAGUUUUAUGUACACAGUUACGACAUGUUACAUCCACUUCACAGUUCUUGCAGUUUGCUUUAGAAUGUUAGUAUGUUACAUCAUUACAUUUUGCAAUGGACAUCAUUGAAAACCACUAUUUUUAAUAUUUUAUGCAUAACCAAAAUACAAUAUAGAUGUUCAUACCAUUUGUACAUGACAUUUUCCAAAUAUUUACUGUUAAGUUAUCUUUGGUAUUACUUGAAUUAAUAACACAAGCAUGGAUACUUAGACAUAAUGAAAUAAAAACCUGACCAUUCAUAGUUUCUGUUUACUAGUUUGUAUUUAGAAGCAUUCUUUAUUAAUCAGUGAAGUCAUAUGAAUGAAAUUUGUUCGAUUUUAGAAUUUGUUUCUUUUUGCAUCAAUAUUAUUAUUUAUAUACAAAUUAACAACCUACAGUGUACUACAACAUAUGUUCUCAUAUAUAUACAUGUAUAUUAGAUAUAUAUACUUAAAAUUUAUGUACUAUUAUAAAUCCAACUUAAUGACAUUCUUUAUUGUACAGUAGGUUAUGAACAACCUACUUAAUUACUUGAUGAAUAUCUUGCAGUUCACUGUUAAUAUUAAAAUGUACUUUAAUCGCACAUCGCUCUAAAAAUAUCUUUAUAAAGUGGACUUUAGUUAUUUUGUUUAAUAUAAUUAUUAUUUUAUGAUGUAGUUUUAAAGUUGCAGAUAAUAAUAUUUUAAUAAAGAAAAUAUAUAAAUACAUUCAAAUACAUGUACCCGGUAUAAAUUUCCAAAAAUAUUUUGUGAAACAAUAUCUAGGUAAAGCAAAUCAGAUUAUUUUAUGUUGUAAGAGUGUCUAAUUAUUCAGAACAGUUCCUGAAUUGUAGUUUCAUCCUCUCUUAAUGCAUAAUUAUGUUGUGUUACAGCUAGUUACCAAAUUUUGUAAAUUAUUGUUUUAGUUUUCUUUUUUAAAGGCAUGUGUGUUUUUCAUCUUAUUACACAUGCUAUUUGUGUUAGUAUUUUCAAUAGAAUUGUCAAAACCUUUUUUAUUUUUACACAAAAUUUACACCAAAAAAAAUACUCAAAAAGAAAAGGUAUUUUUAACUUCAUAUAAAUAUCCACAUAAAGUGAAUCCCAAAGGUAUUAAAUAGCCAUCUAAGGGGGUGACAAAAAAUAAUCUCCAACAAAUUAUUCAGUACACAGUAGGGAUAAGAGACCAUUUGAGUUUUUUGGAAUUCUGGACUUUAGUACUCCUGCUUUCAAAACCUUGCAAAGUUUUUGAGAUUUUUUCCAAGGUCAUUUUUUGUAAGAAUAAUAUGUUUGAAACUUUAGGAGAAUAUUAAAUGAGAUUUUUAGUCAGCUGCUAAAUAAAAGGUACAUGUAGUCAUUUAGAUCAGGCUACAUAAUGUACUAAACUGUAUAAAACUGGUUUUGUCUUCUCUGCAAUAUUGUGUGGCAUUACAUGGUAAAACAUGUAUUAGUACUACUAGUUAAUGUUACUAUAAAAAACACUUACAUUGUUAAAAUGCCAUCUUCUCAUAAAGUUCACUUUUAUAGGUCCCUAGGGUGGCCAUUGUAAACAUAUUUGAAUAUGGAUAUAUAUACAUGUAUAUAUAUAUAUAUAUAUAUAUAUAUAUAUAUAUAUAUAUAUAUAUAUAUAUAUAGCAUUUGUGAUUACCUUCAACUUAAAAUUGUGAAUGAUGUGACCUUUAUAAAGUAGUUGAUAAUUUGGUUUAUUAGUGAACAAUAUUUCAUAAACAGAUCUUUAAAAUGGUGAUUUCAAAAGAAAAAGCAAUAGAUACUUCUAAUUGAAUAAAACUUAAGUCAUAAAAAGGUAUAAUAUACAAUUCUGUGCAAAUUGUUGGUAUUUAUUUCAGUAUCAAAGUAGGUAGGCCUAUAUGUGCAUUGUAGUUUUAGAUGUCCAUACUGCUUGGUUUCCAGGAAUCCGAUAUUAUGAUGUAUAUGGUUCACACUGCUAAGAUUGUACAAAAUAAAAAUACCACAUAUCUUUCAAUACCUCACUUAUGUGAUAUAUUUAUGUUCUUUUUUAUGUAUGACAUAUUUUACUUUAUUAUUGCUGCAAUCAUUACGUAAAUAAAGUGUCAUUUUCAA